UCAUUUUGUUUAUUUGAAUUAACGGCUCUGACUAGUUACCGAGGACUGAAAUAAAUUGUGUGUCAAACUCUUUGGAAAUUUGGGAUAGGACUUUUGGUGGUGAAACCCUAAGCUCUUCUUUUGUUAUUGCUGCAGCUUCCAUGAUGAACACCAUGUUACGCCCCAAACUAUUUGUUGUUGCAGCAGCUCCCACUAACUACAAUUUAUACUGCAAACUGUUUUUUAGACACCCAUUUCAUUUUCGCAACGUUUUCUCAACUGAAGCUCAUUCGCAAACCCUCUUUUCACAGUUUGCCUCCACCAAACUUGAACUGUCUGCGGCCGACAUCACACGGAUUCUCAAGUGGCAACCCCAAUUGCAGAACCUUCGAAACCUCCACAAUGUUGAGAAGGUUAUUCAUUCGCUGAAGAAACACGGCUGCACCGAAGCCCAAAUUGGCAAAAUAUUAAGGGGACAUUGCCAGCUUAUCGGAUCUGCAGAAUCAAUAUUGGAACCUAAGCUCAAACUACUGGAAGAUUUCGGUUUUGUGGAUCAAAAUCUGGCAAAACUUUUGACGAAAAAUCCAAUAGUUUUGAGCACUAGCUUGGAGAACAACAUUUUUCCCACGAUGGAGUUUCUGAAGAAUGUAUUUCAGUCUCAAGACGUCUUCAUGAAAGCCCUGUUAAAAGCACCAAGACUUAUCAAUUCUAGCUUGGAGAAGACCCUGAAGCCCUCGCUCGCUUUCUGGGAAGGAUGGGGUUUUUCUGGAACGGAGCUCGUAAGCUUCUUACGGGCAACUCCGGACGUUCUCUAUCGCACGUCUCUAACGCCUGGACAGGUGGAUCUCAUCAACAAGAUUGGCACUGACAAAGGGAGCAAAAUGUUCAAAUAUAUUGUAGGUAGAGUGGCUGUGGGCAGCACGAAAACGUUAGAGGCCAAGAUAGACAAUCUCAAACUCUGCGGGCUCUCGGUAGAAGAAAUCUGGCAACUACUUGGAGCUGCCCCUGUAGUCCUUACUUUUUCCAAGGAAAGUGUUAGUGAAAAGAUGAACUUUAUAGUUAAUAACAUGGAGCUCCCUGUACAUCAUGUAGUGAAGCAUCCUUUGUUGUUGCUAAUAAGUUUGGAAAGGACUAUGAAACCCAGGUUUUUGGUUUGGCAGACAAUCAAAUCCAUCAAUGCCCUCGAGAUUCCUCUUUUCACAGUAUUGAAGAUGACAGAGGCAAAGUUUGUUAACAACAUUAUAAAAGGGCAUGCUGAAUCUAAAAUACUGUGGACAAUUUAUGAAAAUGCCAUCUCCAACGCCUCCAACCGCACAAAGAGCUCAACAAAACAAAAUUUUGGAUAGAGAAAGUGAGAGUCAGGUGAUCUAGUCGUUGGCAGAAGGCAGUUCAGCAAACCCUGUAUAUUCAACAAGAGGAGCUCUGUGUUUAGUUGCUCUUCAAGCAAGGUAUGAGUUGUAGCUAUUAAAUUUAUUGUGUGCGCACUGCAGCCAUUUAAGUGUGAUGUAAUUGGUGAAUAUUUAAUAGAUGUGAGGCUUUGUUA